AUGUCCGAUCUCGCCGCCACCAAGAAGCAGCGCACCGCCCAGGUCCUGUGCACCCACGCCGGCACCUUCCACUGCGACGAUGCCCUCGCCCACGCCCUCCUCCGCCAGCUCCCCCGCUUUGCCGACGCAGAGCUCCGCCGCUCGCGCGACCCCGCCGUCUGGGACCAGUCCGACAUCGUGUUUGACGUCAGCGGCGAGUACGACCCGCCACGCGGCCGCUUCGACCACCACCAGCGCGGCUUCAACGAGGUCUUUGGCCACGGCUUCACCACAAAGCUGAGCUCUGCCGGCCUCAUCUACAAGCACUACGGCCAGGAGAUCGUCUCGACCAUCCUCGGCGAGCCCGUCGAGUCGCCGGUCGUUCAGCAGCUGUGGCUCAAGAUGUACGGCGACUUUGUCGAGGCGCUCGACGGCAUCGACAACGGCGUCGCGCAGUACGUCACCACCGAGCCGCCCCGGUACCGCUCGCGCACCGACCUCUCGUCGCGCGUCGGCGCCCUCAACCCGCGCUGGAACGAGCCCUCGACCGACGACGUCCUCCUCGACGGCUUCAACAAGGCGACCGAGCUCACCGGCUCCGAGUUCCUCGCCCGCCUCGACUACCUCCACAAGGCGUGGCUCCCCGCGCGCGACAUUGUCGUGCGCGCCGUCGAGGCGAGGAAGGACGUCCACCCGAGCGGCAAGGUCAUCGUCUUUACCGAGUUCUGCCCGUGGAAGGAGCACCUCCACGUCCUCGAGGAGGAGCUCUCGAUCCCCAAGGACGAGCUCCCGCUCUACGUCCUGUACCCGGAGAGCGAGAAGCCCGACGCCAAAUGGCGCAUCCAGGCCGUCGCCGUCUCGCCCGAGUCGUUCGACAGCCGCAAGGCGCUCCCCGAGGCGUGGCGCGGCGUCCGCGACGACGCCCUCUCGACCCUGACCGGCAUCCCGGGCUGCGUCUUUGUGCACGCCGCCGGAUUUAUCGGAGGCAACGUCACCAAGGAGGGCGCCAUGGAGAUGGCCAUCAAGGCGCUCGACCUCUAGAUUCUAGAUGGACUCUGCGUCGGUCGCUCGUUGGCGGCGACACGGCUGGGAGCAGACGCGGUGGACGUCGUCGAGGAGGUUUCGCUUGGAAUCCAGCGAGUUCAGCUUCCCUC